UGCAAUUCUGUUGGCCACACAGCGAGAGAAUGAAAGAAACAAAACCAACGAACAAAACUGAAAAAGCCCACUGAAAAACCAAAGAUGAAAGCUCCCUUCUUUUUGAACAAAUACACAAGACCAUGGAAGACGAACCACACCAUUGUUUUUCCUUUCUUCCAACCUUCCUUCCUCUUCAUAUACUUAUUUAUACACCUAAUCCUGUGUUACCUGAACACAGCAGAACCAAAUCAGCGGCAGUUUUUUUCCAUAUCUUGACGAUGAUUAUUUCCCGAUUUCUAAGACGAGGAAUCUUAACUUCCACCAGCCCCACUCGACGACGGUCAUGGUGGGAUCAUGUCACUCCGGCUCUUAAAGACCCCAUCAAUGCUGUCACCGACGCCUUUCUUGCUGAUCCUUGUCCUUACAAGAUUAAUCUUGGAGUGGGAGCUUACAGGGAUGAUAAAGGGAAACCGGUUGUGCUUCAACGCGUUAGAGAAGCGGAAGGCAAGAUUGGGGCUACCAAUUUCCUGGAGUCGACAUCUACAGCUAUUAGCUCGAAAUUGGUUGAGGAGAGUGCAAAAUUGAUAUAUAGGGAAGAUUCGGAUGUCAUAAAAGAAAGAAGGUUUAUCGGAAUCCCGGCUCUAUCUGGAACUAGUGCGUGUUGUAUCUUUGCCGAGUUUCAGAAACGAUUUUACCCUGAUUCAACAAUAUAUUUUCCUGAUCCAACAUGGUCCAGUCACCGCAAUAUUUGGGGAGAUGCUCAUGUUCCGGGCCGAACCUUUCACUACUACCAUCCUGAUUCUAAGGGUUUAAACUUUGUGGCACUCAUUGAUGAUGUCAAGAAUGCACCAGAUGGUUCUUUCUUCUUACUUCAUCCUUGUGCCCAUAACCCAACUGGGGUUGACCCUACGGAUGAGCAGUGGCGAGAAAUCUCAUCUCUGUUCAAGGUAAAGAAUCAUUUUCCCUUCUUUGACGUCGCUUAUCAAGGUUUUGCAAGCGGGGAUGUAGAGAGGGAUGCCCAAGCUAUUAGAAUUUUUCUUGAAGAUGGCCAUUCAAUCGGUUGUGCGCAAUCUUUUGCGAAAAACUUGGGUUUGUAUGGACAUCGAGUGGGUUGUCUCAGUAUUCUCUACAAUGACAAAAUCCAAGCAGUGGUGAUCAAGAGCCAACUAAAGCAGAUUUCUAACACUAUGUAUGGCAGUCCACCAAUUCACAGUAUAUCACUAGUCUCAAAAAUCUUGAGCAAUCCAAACAUUAAGGCCCUUUGGCUCAAAGAGGUUAAGGUUAUGGCAACUCGUAUUCAAAUAAUGAGAGCUACUCUACGGGAAGCUCUUGAGAGAUUACGGUCUCCCCUCAAUUGGCAACACAUAACUAACCAGGUUAGAAUGUUUUGCUUCUCUGGAUUAACUCCUGCAGAGGUCGAUCAGCUUGCAAAGGAAUUUCGUAUAUACAUGACACAUGAUGGACGCAUAAGCAUGGCUGGUGUGACAACAAAGAAUGUUGAUUAUGUAGCAAGAGCUAUUCAUGAAGUCACUGCCUCCGAUCGCGACACCAAGAUAUUACAUAACAUUGGUGCAUAUAAGGUUAAUACUGAUAUAUGCUCAACUUCCCUUGGUACUAAUAAAACAAGAGCAAGGGGAAUGAAUUUAGCCUUGUAAUAUGCACACAUAUAAUUCUUUUAGGUUGUACCAUAUAUGUUGCAGAAAAUUGAAACUUGUUUUUUUUUUUUGGAAAAAGAAAGAAAGAUGACAUUAAAACAA